AUGUUGAAUAAAGUACCCAAUCUUUGUCUAUCUAAUGGUUUAGUAUUCUAUGAAGUACCGGAUUGCUUGAAAAUCUUGACUGAAUUAGAAGAAAGAUUGAUAUCACCAAGAGUUCCUUUUAUGGUGAUUCGAACUUUAGGGUUUUGUAAACAAUUUGGUCUCAAAGGUAAUUUAGUAAAUGUUCCCAUGAACGUUGACAUAAAUGUUUCAAUAUUACCAAGAAGUUUUAGCGAUACUCAUACAAUUCAACUAAAACUCAUGAGACAAAUGAAAAAUAAGAAUGCUUUUAUGUAUGAAACAAUCCGACCGAAAGUUGUACAUACAGCUAUAAAAUACCUUAUUGGACAGGAACUAUAUAAAGAUGAAGGUAUUGUUAUAUCGAAUGAUUGGAUUAAGGAAUAUUCAAAUGAAAGAGAAAAUUUCAUUGUCAAUGAUGAAGAUAAAAAACUUAAUGUGAAUGAAAAUAGGGAAGAAGUUUUUGAUGAUGAUGACGAUGACGAUUGGAAUGAACUUGACGACAAACCAAUAAGUCCAGGAGCUACUGAAACAUUGUUAAAUGAUGAGACUAACAAUCAAAAUGAUAUCGGUAUUAAGUUUGCUCCAGGAGAGAAUAACAGACCGAUAUCUAUUUUAAUGGAUUUGAAAGUUGACGAGUUGAGAUUUCCAAAAAUUUAUUGUGGAAAACAACGAAAAAUUAAAGAUAAUGUUAGAUUGACUUAUGCUAAAAUUGCUAAGUCAGAAUUAAGAAUGUUUGAUAGAAGAUGUGGUAGAGUGUCGAAACUAUUUUUCACAUAUAAGAAACUACAAACAAGAAAAUUCUCUGAUGCUAUUUCGAUAAAUUUGAGAAAAAAAAAUACGAAAAACGUAACUGUUGCACAAAUGCUUAAUCGAGAUUAUGUAAAUGGGCUAAUACAUACUGAUGAUGCUUUUACAUUCUUGAGAUGUGAUCGAUCUUCACCAGCAUUUUGGGAAAUGAAAAAGAAGGAACUUCUAGCAAUGUUCAGACAAUUAGGAUGUCCAACAAUAUUUAUGACAUUGUCAGCGGCAGAAACAAAAUGGUCAGAACUUAUUGUAAUAUUGACUCAAGUAAAAGAUCCUGUGACAUGUGUUCAUUGUUUUGAGCAUAGAUUAAAAUGUUUAUGGGAAAUAUUAUUAGCUCCUUGUGGUCCAUUUGAAGGCAAUGGAUUAAAAGAUAAAUACAUCAUAGUUGAAUUCCAAUUUCGUGGCUCACCACAUAUUCAUCUUUUUAUAUGGCUAAAAAAUGCUCCAAAAUAUGACAAGAGUAAUCCUAAGUCCAUUGAGCAAUGUAUAGAGUUUAUUGAUAAACUGAUUUCAGUUAAUGCUAAACCAACUGAAUUUUCUGAAGAACUUAUAAAUGUGCAACGUCAUAAACACUCACAUACUUGUAAAAAAAACAUGUAA